AUGUCUUCAUUCAAUCCUUUAGCUACUAUUUUGAGUCAAAAACCAAUGGAUGGUACAAACUACAAACAAUGGAAAACAAAUCUGGAUAUUGUUCUUCAAUAUGAAAAGCUCAAUUUUGUUCUGACCACCCCUAUACCGGCGCAGCCUGCUGAAGAUGCGCCUGAGGCAACAAAGGCCCAAUUUCAGCAGGAGAAGGAGAAAUGGGAGAAGGCAAAUGUGGCAGUUCGCUGUUACAUUUUAGCCAGUCUUGCCAAUCACCUUCAGGAGCAGGUAAACAUGGUUGAGAGUGGAGCAGCUAUGCUCCAGACUCUUGAUGGCAUGUUUGCUACGUCCAGCAGCUCUGCUAGGCAGAUUGCGCUGAAUGCUGUCACUAAGACAGUAAUGUCUGGAGGAAGUGUGCGGGAUCAUUGUUUGUCAAUGAUUGCAAACUUCAAGAAGGCUGAGGAUCAUGGGGUCAAAUGA